UUGUCAAAGAAAGAAGAAAAUUAUCCAUCGUUCUUGAGGUAUAUGCAAAUUUUAUUCCACGUCGAAUUGUGAAAAUCAAUAAAUAAAAUAUUAAAUAAUUGCACAAAUUCUUCAUAAAACUUUACUUUUGCAGUUCUUCGUACAUAACAUAUAAAAAGAGUCACAGAAACCCAGCCAUUGACUUCAGCAUAAGCGCUGGCAGAGCAAACCAAGGAAAACAAAUGAAAAUUAUGGCUGACUUGGACGCAGUGCACCUGGGCUUGGAUGAAAAUGAAGCAGAUAUUGCCGAGGAACUGCAAGAUUUCGAUGACUCCUUCGAUACGCGGAGUGAGGCGUCUGAAUCAGGUUCGGAGUCGUCGGACUCCCAGCCAAGUAUUAGUUCAGUUAGCUCGGUAGCGUCGUCUGUCGCUGACAAGCGCAAGACCAAGAUAAAGAAGAAAGUAAUUAAGGAAAGUGAAAAGAAAGUAGGUACGAAGCGUUCUUCGUCGCCAGGUGGCGGAGCAAUGAAUGGCAAGAAUAUUGCGAGUGGUGGGAAGAAAAAACGAAGUACCGCAGAUGCGUCGCAUAAAGAUGCCGAAUCAUCAGGUAAAGCUGCAGAAAGUAAAGCUAGUAGCAGCAAAGAGAAGAAGCUUCAGAAAAAGGCAAGCAGCAGUGCAAGCAAAAACUCUUCCGCUACAGCAGCCAACAGCAAUGGCCCGGCAAAUACAAGCAGUGGUUCAAUAUCAGCUCAUGCAAACACCAGCGGCAAUAAGAGCGAGGCUAGCGAUGCUGAAGACAAGACAACAUCGAAGACACCUUUCGAUAGUGAUUCAGAAUCGGAAGAUUCCGAUUCAGCAGCAAAUAUAAAACGUAAUGGACGAAAGGCGAUCUCUAAGAGCGCUUCACCAGAAAAGAAGACACAAGGUGGAACUAAUGCUAGUGGAAAAUCUUACGAUUAUAUGACUAAACUGAACUACUUAUUCCGUGGUACUCACUUCUUCCUAAUUAAAUCAAAUAAUGCAGAUAAUGUGGCCAUUGCAAAAUCCAAAAAUGUAUGGGCCACAUUACCCCAAAAUGAAGCAAAUCUUAAUCAGGCAUUCAAGGAGUCGCGCAAUGUUUUGCUAAUCUUCUCCGUCAACGAGAGUGGCAAAUUUGCCGGGUUUGCUCGCAUGAGUGCACAAUCGCGGCGGGACCUUUCGCAUCCUGCUUGGGUAUUACCACCUAGUAUUUCACCUAAGGCCUUGGGCGGUAUAAUUGAGCUCGAUUGGAUUUGCCGCAAGGAGCUUUCAUUCAACUGCACUUCACAUCUGUACAAUACUUGGAAUGAAAGCAAGCCGGUGAAAAUUGGGCGUGAUGGUCAGGAAAUUGAACCUAAAGUCGGUUCGGAACUGUGUCGUUUGUUCCCAGAAGAUGAAAAAAUCGAAAUGACGCCCAUAUUACGAAAAUCCAAAGAGACUGCUAAAAUGAUGCGUGAGAAGGGUAUACGUGUUUCCUAUCGUCCACCGCGAAGCUUAUCGUCACGUGGCAGCCGUGGUGGAGGUGGUGGCAGCAGAGCUUACUCGGGCUUUCAUCAAGGGGAUCGUCGUGCUGGUGGUGGUGGUGGUGGCGGUGGUCCAAUGCGACACCGCCGAACAUUUAGCUCAGGGCCACAUCGUCCUUACAAACUACCACCUAUUGGAAUGCCACCUGGAGGUGGUUUUAAACGCUCUUCUUCGCCAUAUCGUAGCGGUGGAGGCCUUCACCCAGGCGGUGGUGGGGGCUCACGCGCAGGUGGCGGCGAUGCAGGCUUGCCAUCAUGGGAUCGUUACAUGAAUUCUGCCGAAGCAUAUAUGGUGGAUUACAUGCGUUCCAUGCAUGGACAGCUUCCACCGUUGCCAUUCGUUCCACCUUUUGCGCAACUUCCACUCUCUGCUUCCGGUUCAGGCGCUUUACCACCGCCCGGACCACCGUCGAUGUAUGAUCAGCUACCGCCACCAGUGCGUUACUACGAUGGACCACCACUGCCCGAUUACCCGCCGCCUCAACCGAUCAGGCCUCCACCGCCUGGUUUUGACAAAGCACCAUCUUAUGAGGAUUUCGCAGCUUGGAAGAAUGCAGGCCUACCAACGUUACCAGAGGGCAUGCCGCCAGGCUUUCCAAGCUUUGGAAGUAGCGCUGGAGCAUCAUCACCCAACGGUGGAAGCACUGGUAUUGGGGGCUCAAGCUCUACAGCAGGUGGUGGCAGUUUUUCAAGUUCCGCCAACAAUAUGGGCGCAGGCACAAAUAACAACGGUGCCAACAGUUUUCGCAGCAGCAGUCAACGAACUAACAAUUCAAAUAUGAUGCGUCCACGUGAAAGAGCCGGCGUCCGGGAAUAUCGUGGACCCAGCGGCGGCAUAAGUGGCGGCUCAGGUUCCCGUAGCGCUGGUAAUGAUAGACAUUUCCGCGCAGGUGGUGGCAGUAGCGCCGGUGCUCGUAAUUAUCGCGAUGGCAGACGCUAAGACAGCGAUGUGAAAAUAAAUUAAAUAUUAAAAUACACAAAUAAAGGUGUAUAGUGCAGCAUAUGCAGUCCAGACGACUGCGUUGCAAGCCUCCUCCCACUGUGUAUGAGAAGCAAAUCAAACAAAGCUCGUAAGAUUGAAGGUUUAAAGCCAAGUGUAAAAGAAAAAAAAGAGUGCGUAAAGAUAACUGAAUAUUAUAUGAUGAACAAAUAUCCUAAAAAGUAACCGCUUAAAAAGCACGCUGUAACCUCUUCGUGUUCGAACUUUGCAAUUGAGAAAAAAAAAAUGUGGUGUGAGAAAACGCGUGAGUAGAUAUAUUUUAUUCAAUGUGUGGCAACUAAAAUCUUAAAUGGUAUUUUCUUCAACUCCACCUCGAUAUUGGAAGUGUUUACAAUUUUGGGCAAAUAAUUAAAAAUUCAUAAUGGGGGAUAAGUGUUCCCUCGUAAAAAAGUGUUACAAUAUCCUAAUCCUCCAAACAAAAACCAAUUGUUGUAAACAUCGAACGAAGCAUAGAAAUGGCGUAUAUGUUUAUCCAUGUUAAUAUUAGACGAAACAUCAAUUUCCAGGAUUAAGUCAACAUCAAAAAUUAAGACUUCAAUUUAUAAUUGGGACUACAAGCACAGGGACUUAAAUACUUGAACUUAUUUUUUAAGAAACACGUCUUUGACUUCUGGUACCCUUUUCGUCUUUCUAUCUCGAAUGUUAAGCUUGUUGAGAAAUUAAAAAGAUAAAGCUACGCACACAUAGAUACUAAGAAAGUAAAGUCCUUUCUUGUUCAAAUUCUGUUUUUGACAUUUGUUUUAUAAAAUAUCGACUUGCAGUCCCAAAUUAUACAAAUGUAUUACUUCAGUUUUUCGUUGCAUCAAUUACACAUAAAAAGAUGAAUGACUAAAGUUAAUUUUAAAAGUAGUACUACAUACUUACAUUAUUAAAUUAUAAUUACACUGCGUCGCGCGUAUGCAGCGUUAUCAUGGUAGAAGGAAUGAAAGUUGACAAACUCUUUCGAUUAUAAAUACAUGCAUAUACCUACAUACAUAUAUAAUUUUAAAUAAUAGUUAAUAAUUAUACGUAUCGUAAAAUAUAAAAACCAACACAUAUGUGAACUUUAUUUGCUAAACGAAGGCGGAGAGGUUGCAAUAAAUAAUGUUUUCCCUCUUAGAGGGAAACAUACGAACUGUUGUGAAAAUAUGGACUGUUUUGACCGGUUUAAUAAAAAGACGCUUACCCAGCUUCCAUUCCUCUUGAAAUUGUCUGAAUUAUCAGCUUUCCCCAAAAAAAAAAAGAAAGAAAAAAGAAUUAUAAUGAGUGCUCAAUCAAGAUAAAUCAUUGCAUUAAACUCAAUGAAAAUUUAUAGAAAAAAGAAGCAAAGUGUGUGCAGUGUAUUAAAUCCAAGCAAUCAACAAGAUAUACAAAGAUGACAAAAAUUCAGCAAGAAAAUCCUUAAAGUGGCAAAAAAGUGUUUGUGUUGAGAAAAUUAUCAAUAUGUUGCCAUUUAAACCUUGUUCUGCUGAAGGCAUUUCCGGAUUUUAAAAAUCUGUUGGGACUUCACCAUUCAAAAAACUAUCCUCUUCUUCAAAUUUAAUUGAAGGAGUUAAUCACACCCCCUGAACUUACCAAUAAGAACAUUUUCGCUUGUGUUUAAACAACAUAAAAAAUGGACUGCUCAAAAUGAUGAUUAUACGAAAAAUUUCGUAUGCUAUUUCACCAGUGCAUCAGUUUGACUUUUGGGAUUCGAGCUUAAGCGCUCUUGAGUCCCAUAUAGUUCUCGCAUUGCUUUCAGCACAUACCGCACCAUAAACCAUAAAGCCUAAGAAAUCUAUUUAUGCUUUCUAAUUAAAUUAAUUCUUGUCUUUCAGACCUUGCUGACUUCUUAUGGAAAUAGCUGUUUGACAUUUAGCACUCGUGUAUCCUGCAUUGUGCAGCAAAGAUUCGAAAUGAACGUCAACUAUGAAUGUACAUUUGCAAAUGGGACGGAAUAUUUCGUAGCUGGAUGUCUGAGGUAAACUGUAUUUGUUCUAGUGUUGGUAAACUAUUGCUGCGGAAUCUUCGCACAACUCUUGAGAAAAUGACACUAGCAGCAUCCUUAACCAAGAAGGCUGUUUAGAGGGAAGCCCAAAUUUUACUUUUGCAAUGGGCAGUUACAGGGGCAGAACUCAGCGUUAUGAUUAAAACAUUCCGUUAGACUACCGAAAAUUCGCAGGUAAACCGACAUAAGUGGAAAAGGUGGGAAGAGCAUUUGAUGAACAACCUCGCCUCUGGUGGGUGUAAGUUUGCGAAAACGCUGAAAUCGCGAAACGCGAUGAUGAAAAAACCUGAGCUAUUCUGGGUAGCAGUUCACACUGCGUUCUUUGGUGGAUCAACCCAGACGUCGAGUGACUAGAAGAUAGCACAACAUCGGAAAGCCUAGUGCGUUCCUACCUUUCUCAAUCGAUUAAGUUCAUGUGGCCAUAGGGAAGGCCCGACGAACUAUGGGGGUAGAUACUGUUAACACUUUGGUUUUGGGGUGAGAAUAAGUGUAAAAACACUUAAAACUUGCCCAUACUUUGUCUGCAACCUACAGCUAUUCCCGUACCUUAGGUGCAACCUGACCCUCGCCACGCAACAACAUGGCUUCCGUAAA